GGUAUAAUAGUUGUGGGUCUUUCACUCCACUCCAUUCGUCUCUUGUUGGGUCUCCGAGUCGGUCAAUGUCACUGUUUCUGCAAUUUUCCCUGGAAAGAACUUUUAACCGACCUUGUCGCUUUGUAUCUGCAAAGAAAACUUCGGCCCUAGAUUUCUAAUCCUCUGGAUCUUUAUUGGUAUCUGUUGGUGCUAUUUUUAUCUGCAACUCGUUUUGCGAUUUUUCUCUCUUGGUUUUCAAUCUCUCUGUUACGACAACGAAAACAGAGAGAGGGAGAGAGAGGUCUUUUGGGGUAUCGCGGGAGAGAACAAGCGAGGUUGUGUUAGCGGAUUUAUGUCGGCUGGGUUUGAUUUGGUUCUGAUCGGGGCUCUGUUGAAGCUCUGUCUUUUCUCUGUUGCUACUUUUUCUGCGUUGUUUGCUCUCUUCUGCUGCUGCAUGCUUCUCUGCUUUUUCCGGCAGAGGUUGAAUCUGGUGCACUGUUCCGUUUCGAUGCGUUUGAGGCCAAAAAGGACUUGUUCUGGAGUGAAGUGUUUUGGAGCUUUUCACAUAAAACGAUUUUUUUCCCUCUUCUUGUUCCUGAGAGGGGUCUAACUUGAUACCCUUGUGAUUUUGAGAGUUUUGCGCCAGUUUUUGUUUUCUUCGAUUUUGUUUGCGUUUUCUUGAGAAAUUUUUGGGGUAUUUAGAGGGGUUUGCGAGUGGUUUUUCCCUUGUAAAAAAUGACCCAGUCCCGCAGACGAGUUCCGAAUCAAAAGAUCUGCAAGAAGUCGAAUAAAGCCAAAGCCCCUGUAAUGGAGUCCGGCAUGAUGAUGAGGAAAGUCCGUAUAAUCUGUUCAGAUCCUUAUGCCACAGAUUCAUCUUCGAGCGAAGAUGAGUCCGUCAAAUGUAAAAAGCGUGCAAAGAAGGCUAAACAACUCGUCCGGGAAAUUCAUAUUCCCAUGGUUUUACAACCGUCACUGAAGUCUCUCGAGACUGAGAGUUCUUGUCAGGACAGUAACAAUGGCGGCAGAACCACCAAUAGCAUUAAAGCCGGGACGAAAAGGGUUUUGGCUAAAACCCCAUCGAGCAGUAGAAGACCCUCUUCUUCCAAGUACAGAGGCGUUAGGCAAAGGAAGUGGGGAAAAUGGGCCGCUGAGAUUCGAGAUCCGUUUAAAGGAGCCCGGAUUUGGUUGGGUACUUUCAAUACCCCUGAGGAGGCUUCCGAGGCUUACGAAAAAAAAAGGCUCGAGUUUGAAUCCGCCAUGGCUGCCAAUGCCAACUCUGAGAAGAGCAAGAACAAAGCGGCAGCGUCUUCAGCCGCAGUGUCUCAGUCACAGAACAAUCAUAACCUGGGAUCUUCCGGGGACUCCGAGAGUGUGCUGUCUCACACUUCUCCAUCUUCCGUUCCAGAGUUUGAGACCUCGGCGUCCAACACCAAUGUGAAAAAUGUCAGUUCUGUCAAAGUAGGUGUUGCAACUAAUUCUGAGAUUGAUUUGGCUGCGCUGGACUUGCCUGACGAUUUGGGUCUCAUCGGAGAUCUAUUUGGUGAUAUUCCAUUCGGCCAAACAGAGUUUGAUUCUCUCUGUUUAGAUAAUAUUGGGCAGUUUUUUGAUGACUUUGAAGUUUGUGGGACUGAGAAAAAUGGAGGCAGUGAGCUUCCUAACUGGGAUUUUGCUGAUAUUAGCGAUGACAUGGGCUGGAUGAAUGAACCCCUCAAUAAAAUACCCUGCCAAUAAGUUUUGCAGCCUAGGAUUUAUCUAUAGCAGAGUAUUAUUUCUAUUAGCGGUUUUGUUUUAGUCUGAAAAAGGUUGAAGUUGUAUGGUACACAGAUAGAUCUGUUCCUUGAGAGAGUGCUUUUCUUGCUGCUUUAUACCAUAUUUUAAUUUUGUUGUUGAGAGUGAGAGAUGGGAAAGAGAUGAGCCAACAUUGUGCUGAGAAGAGUCCUUUGGGUUUUCCUGUGCUUUAAGAGCAGUCCAGAGGGUUCUCAAAACUGUUCUCGAGAGAGAUUUUCCUGUUGAUUGAGUCCGAAAAUUUUGGCUCAUUUUAAUGUGACGAGAGUAUGAAUUAUAAAUAUGAAACGAAGUUUAAAGUGA